AUGCUGGGCUUCAAGAGCAUACCCGGCUUCAAUAGCGGCCAGCUGAUUGGCUUCUCGGAAUUCACACUGAGCAUCGAUCCAGAAGCUGCAACGCGGAGCUCGUCGGAGACCUCCUUCUUGCAGGACACAUUGGACAGGCCGAAUUUGCUGGUGCAUCAGAGAUCGCUUGCAAAGUCGCUGGUUUUUAAUAACACGACGACUGCCACAAGCGUCCUUCUGGACACGUUCGGCAAAACCUACUCGCUCUCCGCGAGAAGGGAAGUCAUCCUUGCUGCCGGUGUCUUUCGUACUCCGCAACUUCUGUUAGCCAGCGGUAUCGGUUCAGCAGCGACGCUAGAAAAGCUCGGUGUACCUCUGCGGACCGACUUGCCAGGUGUAGGGCAGAAUUUGCAUGAUCAGCCAUUCUUUAGUGUUUCAUAUCGAGUCAACGUGACGACGAACUCGGAGCUUACGACGAACCAAAGUGCUGCAGCGAAAGCUGCCAACGAUUAUCUCACACGCCAAAGUGGUCGACUCAGUAGCGGUUGGGAGAAAUUACCAGAAAGCUAUCGAGUCAACUUCACCAAGAGUGCUCGCACUGAGCUUGCCCAAUUCCCUUCCCACUGGCCAGAAAUCGAGGUUGUACCAUCGGCUGCCAUAACAAUACCUGUCACAGAUCAAGCGCAAUAUGCAUCUAUACAAGUUGCUAUCAGCUCCACGACUUCUGUUGGCACUGUCACUAUUAAUACUACCGACCUCAGCAAGAAUCCCAUCAAAGAUCCGAAAUGGCUGUCAACGGAGACAGACCAACAAGUGGCGGUGCAGACCCUCAAGAGGGCAAGGGAGAUUGGUCAGGCAACUGGUGUGGUGAUGGGAGAUGAAUACGCACCUGGUCCAGCUGUGAAGACCGAUGCGGAUAUCCUUGCAUAUAUCAAGAAGACCAUGACGACGUUUCAUCAUGCUGUCGGCACCUGCAAGAUGGGUAAAGCCGAAGAUAGCAGUGCUGUAGUCAACACCAAAGGCCUUGUGAAAGGAGUGGAGAAGCUACGCAUCGUUGAUGCCUCGAUCUUUCCAUUUUUGCCGCCAGGGCAUACGCAAGGGGUUGGUGUGCUGAAGAUCAUGGUAGAUGCAUUGGCCGAGAAGCUUGCUGUGGAGAUCUUGAAAAGUAAGGUGAGCGCCGAGAGUAUUUGA